CUGAAUCUUCAGGAUGUUUCAAGAGAUUUCAAAAGCACCCUUGAGCGUGAAAUUGGACUCGAUGAGAUCUCAACGCCAAAUUUGUACACCCAAACAGAACAAACCCUGGUCCACCUUCUCCUCCUCCACCAUCAGUUCCUUUUGAUUCGUCAAGACCACGAGCUGUUUUGUGCAUUUCGUGUUCAUGAGUGGAGUCUAGUGAAGUGUUAUAUGAUAAUGAUGCUCAAUCACCAAAAGCUUACACAACCGAGGAUUGCCUCAAGAUCACAGAAGAGCAGCUCAAAGCUUCGUCUCCAGGGGAAUGCCAAACAGAGGAUCAAACUCAGACGAGAGAAACAACAGCAGCUGCAUCCCCUCCAAGACAAGAUUGAAAAGCACCAAGAUUUGACUUGUAGUGUUGACAAACAGAAGCCUGUCUCCUCCAUUGAGAAGCUUCGGAGAGAUUGGAAAUUGGCUAAUGUCGAUCAUGCACUCGUUUUCUACAUUCACCAGAGUGGUGUUGUUAAGACUCAAGACAUCGUCUUUGAUGAGAUUUUCCCAAAAGCUCUUCUCAUCAUCAUAACCAUCGAGAUUGGCCACAGGCUCUGUUGCGUUGGACUCAUUGAGUUGUUCUUCUCAUCCUUCGCUUCCCAUAGGUCGUCGCUGAGGAAAUCUACCCAAAAGCUAUCAUCAUCGCCUUCAUCGGAGGAUAAACUAGGGAUUUGA